AUGCCCGUAAACUGUUGUGUGCCACUGUGCACGCAACAUGGCCGACUUGACAAGUCUGGACAAAAGGUGACCUACCACCGAUUUCCUAGAGAUCCCGAGCUCCGGAAGAAGUGGAUCGUUGCCAUCAGGCGCGAUGAAGGGACAUUUUUUACCGUUUCCAAUGCCACGAAGGUGUGCUCUCAUCACUUCCUUGAAACGGACUUUCUUGCGAACGUGGCAAACGGCUACCGGCACCUACACCAUUGUGCUGUGCCGUCUAUUUUCCCGUUCUGCAAAACGAAGACAUCAAGAAAGCCACCUCGUGAAAGGGAACCACCACCAGCUACACACCGGAAGCGAAGACGGCAGGACAUUACAGACGAGGAGAACCUUGUUGAAGAAAUUGCAGCACAGCGUGUUCAGGUACCUGAGCGGCAGUGUAAUGAGGAAUGUGACGUGCCAAGUGGUGGAGAACAAGCUGAUCCGCAUUGCAACGGUGAUGAUGAAAUGCCAACCGAUGAAAACUUCACAGCAACACUGGAUAGUAGUUGUGCAUGUGGUGAGGUUAUUGCUCAACUGAGACAAGAGCUUGCUGCAAGUAGAGCAUCAGAAAUGGCAACUAAAGUGGAACUUGAACGACUUCAAGAGCAGCUGAAAAGCCAAACCAGUGAAAUACACCUGCUUCGCUCUGAGCUUGCGAUAGCACAGGCUGAAAACCAAGAGCUCGAACAGGUGACACCCUUCGGAAUUGCCAAGUUUAAGGGCGACGACGACGACAUUCAGUUCUACACAGGCCUUCCAAGUUACGGCCAUUUCUGUACUCUUCUGAGUUUCCUUGAUCCAGGAGAAAAUGGAAAGAAUAUUAUAAGAAAUGAAGGUACCAGACGUAGUGAACAGAGUGGCCGUCCACAAAAGGUCAGCGUGGAAAACCAGCUCUUUCUAGUGCUCGUGAAGCUGCGGCUUGGUCUGUUUCACAAGCACCUUGGAACCCUGUUUGGCAUUUCUAUCAGCACAGUGUCAAGAAUAUUUUCAACAUGGAUAGAUUUUAUGUACUGGCAGCUGGCGCAAUUACCACUGUGGCUAUCACGAGAGGCUGUGGACGAAGCGAUGCCACCUGACUUUAGAUGCACCUCUGACAAGGAAUGCGUGAUAAGAAGUGGACUCUUAGAACUGCCAUUCGAGACAGGGGACUCCGUAAUGGCAGAUAAAGGAUUCAAGAUCGAUGACCUGCUCCAGAGCAAAGGUGUGGGUCUCAACAUUCUACCUUUUCUCAGAAAAGACCAAUUCACCCCAGAAGUAGUGCAGGAAACACAGAAUAUUGCUGCACUUAGAAUACACGUAGAAAGAAGGAUCCAACGAAUUAAGGGAUUUCAUAUAUUUGGUCGCUCUAUUCCCAUAUCAUUAGCACCUUUGGCAAAUCAGGUGUGGACUGUCUGUGCGAUACUUACAAACUUCCAGUCGCCACUUAUGAAAGACUGUUGUGACUAG